AAUUGAAAAAUUGAAAAAUUACUAUCAAAUAUCAAUAAACAAGAAUACAUAUAAAGAAAGAAAAUGUCAGCAAUUGGAAUUGAUUUGGGAACAACAUACUCAUGUGUCGGUGUAUUCCAGCACGGAAAAGUUGAAAUCAUCGCUAAUGACCAGGGCAAUCGUACAACACCCAGCUAUGUUGCGUUCACAGAUUCUGAGCGAUUGAUUGGUGACGCCGCUAAGAACCAAGUGGCAAUGAAUCCAAAGAAUACAGUAUUCGACGCUAAACGAUUGAUUGGCCGCAAAUAUGAUGACCAGAAAAUACAAGAAGAUAUGAAACAUUGGCCAUUUAAAGUGGUAAACGACAAUGGUAAACCAAAAAUUAACGUCGAAUUCAAAGGCGAACAGAAGAGAUUUGCACCCGAAGAGAUAAGCUCAAUGGUGUUAACUAAAAUGAAAGAAACAGCUAAAGCAUAUCUUGGUACAACAGUGAAAGAUGCAGUCAUCACAGUACCUGCCUAUUUUAAUGAUUCGCAGCGUCAAGCGACAAAAGAUGCUGGUGCAAUAGCUGGUCUUAAUGUGUUACGUAUAAUAAAUGAACCGACAGCUGCUUCUAUUUUAAACUAG